CAUUUCACAGCACUGUCGCACAAUUUUCAUGUACGCGUUUUUCAUACGUUUGUUGCCUAAAAAUUGAUAAAAAUGGAAAAUAUUCCGCGUACUCAUGAAGACAUUGAGGCGCAAAUUUCGGAUAUACAGGCCAAGAAGACAGAGCUUGCCAAGAGCAAUGCAGCGGCAGCAGGCGUUGGGCUGCUGGACAGCGGCGGCUUCUUUGACGCCGAUCUCUACGACGAAGAGGCCGCUGUGGGCAAGGGGGCCAAGAGUCGCUACGAGGGCUACAACACAUCCAUCGCGGCUAACGAUGAGGAUGGCGAUGAAGAUGAGGAAGACGAUGGCUUUCCAGUGCCGCAGAAGCGUACCACAUACACGGCGCCCACGUCUGUGCUGAAGGAUGUGACCCAGGGCAAGGAGGACGUUGAUCCCAUGGCCGAACACCGGCGACCGACCAUAGCGGAUCGCGAGGAUGAGUACAGACAAAAGCGGCGCCGCAUUAUCAUUUCGCCGGAUCGUGCCGAUCCAUUUGCCGAUGGCGGCAAAACCCCGGAUGUAGGCUCCCGUACCUAUACAGACAUCAUGCGUGAGCAGAUGCUAAAGGGCGAGGAGUCCGAGCUGCGGCGUCGCAUCUUGGAGAAGUCCAAGGAGGGCACACUGGUUAAAUCCUCGAAUGGUGAAUCGGCCGCCAAGGACGGAGGACGCAAGCGUGGCCGCUGGGAUCAGACGGUCAGCGAUAGUUUUAUACCCGCCAAAGUGGCAGCCACGCCCAGCAGCGCAGCAACGCCCACCUGGGAAGACAAAACACCCGGAGAUCAUCGCUGGGAUGAGACACCCGGGCAUAAGGGCAGCGAGACGCCUGGUGCGACGCCUGGUCUGGGCACUCGUAUAUGGGAUGCAACACCGGCGCACGCCAUGACUCCUGGCCACGAAACGCCCGGUCAUGAGAAGUCAGCGCGUAGAAAUCGCUGGGACGAGACACCAAAGACGGAGCGUGAAACGCCCGGGCACAGCGGUUGGGCAGAGACCCCGAAGCCGGAUCGCAGCGGCAGCGGCGCCGGCGAGAGCAUUUCCAUAGAGUCCACACCGGGCGGCGCCUCCAAGCGACGCUCGCGAUGGGAUGAGACGCCGUCGAAUGCGACGCCGGCUGGGAUAACGCCCAGCAAUGCCAGCGCUAUGACGCCAAGCAUGACCCCUCAUGCAACACCUGGCCAUGCCACGCCCCUAUUAACACCUGGCGGCAGUACGCCCGUGGGCGUAAAGGCAAUGGCCAUGGCCACACCCACACCGGGCGCACUUGCGGCCAUGACACCGGAACAGUUGCAGGCCUAUCGCUGGGAAAAGGAAAUCGAUGAGCGCAACAGACCCUACACCGACGAGGAGCUGGAUCAAAUGUUUCCGCCGGGCUAUAAGAUAUUGCCGCCGCCUGCCGGAUACGUGCCACUGCGCACGCCUGGCCGCAAGUUAAUGGCCACGCCCACACCGAUUGCGGGCACGCCCGCAGGCUUCUUUAUCCAGGUGGAGGAUAAAAACGCCAAAUUUAUGGACAACCAGCCAAAGGGCCAGAAUCUGCCGUUCAUGAAGCCCGAGGAUGCACAAUACUUUGACAAGCUGCUCGUGGAUGUUAAUGAGGAUGCGCUCUCGCCCGAAGAGCUCAAGGAGCGCAAGAUCAUGAAACUCUUGCUGACCAUUAAGAACGGUUCGCCGCCCAUGCGCAAAUCCGCGCUGCGUCAGAUGACGGACAAGGCGCGUGAAUUUGGCGCCGGGCCGCUAUUCAAUCAAAUCCUGCCGCUGCUCAUGUCGCCGACGCUGGAGGAUCAGGAACGGCAUUUGCUGGUGAAGGUCAUCGAUCGUGUGCUGUACAAAUUGGACGAUCUGGUGCGUCCGUUUGUGCACAAGAUUUUGGUGGUCAUUGAGCCGCUGCUCAUCGAUGAGGAUUACUAUGCGCGCAUCGAGGGUCGGGAGAUCAUAUCGAAUCUGGCAAAGGCAGCUGGUUUGGCCACCAUGAUCUCCACCAUGCGUCCGGAUAUUGAUAAUAUUGAUGAGUACGUCAGAAAUACAACAGCACGUGCCUUUGCCGUGGUCGCCUCCGCCUUGGGCAUACCCUCGUUGUUGCCCUUCCUGAAGGCCGUGUGCAAAUCCAAGAAAUCCUGGCAGGCGCGCCACACAGGCAUCAAGAUUGUGCAACAGAUUGCCAUACUGAUGGGUUGCGCCAUAUUGCCACAUCUGAAGGCGCUGGUGGAGAUCAUUGAGCACGGCCUGGUCGAUGAGCAGCAAAAGGUGCGCACCAUCACAGCGCUGGCCAUCGCAGCCCUGGCCGAGGCGGCCACACCCUAUGGCAUUGAGUCCUUCGACUCGGUGCUCAAGCCGCUCUGGAAGGGCAUACGGACGCAUCGUGGCAAGGGCCUCGCCGCGUUCCUCAAGGCCAUUGGCUAUCUCAUACCGCUGAUGGAUGCCGAGUAUGCCAACUACUAUACACGUGAGGUCAUGCUGAUUCUUAUACGUGAAUUCCAGUCGCCCGACGAGGAGAUGAAGAAGAUUGUCCUCAAGGUGGUUAAACAAUGUUGCGCCACGGAUGGUGUGGAGCCGCAGUAUAUCAAGGAGGAGAUAUUGCCGCACUUUUUCAAGUUCUUUUGGAAUCACCGCAUGGCGCUGGACAGGCGCAACUAUCGCCAGCUGGUCGAUACCACCGUUGAGAUCGCCAACAAGGUGGGCACCUCGGAGAUAAUCAAUCGUGUCGUGGACGAUCUGAAGGACGAGAAUGAACAGUAUCGUAAAAUGGUCAUGGAAACGGUGGAGAAAAUUAUGGGCAAUCUGGGCGCAGCGGAUAUCGAUUCACGCCUCGAGGAGCAGCUGAUCGAUGGCAUACUCUAUGCCUUUCAGGAGCAGACCACCGAGGAUGUGGUCAUGCUGAACGGAUUCGGCACCAUUGUCAAUCAGCUGGGCAAACGUGUCAAGCCCUACUUGCCACAGAUUUGUGGCACCAUACUCUGGCGUCUGAACAACAAAUCCGCCAAGGUGCGUCAACAGGCGGCGGAUCUGAUCUCGCGCAUUGCCGUGGUCAUGAAGACCUGCCAGGAGGAGAAGCUGAUGGGCCAUUUGGGUGUUGUGCUCUACGAGUACUUGGGCGAGGAGUAUCCGGAGGUGUUGGGCAGCAUAUUGGGCGCGCUCAAAGCUAUUGUAAAUGUCAUUGGCAUGACCAAGAUGACGCCGCCCAUCAAAGAUCUGUUGCCCCGCCUCACACCUAUAUUGAAGAACCGGCACGAGAAGGUGCAGGAGAACUGCAUCGAUCUGGUGGGUCGCAUUGCGGAUCGCGGACCGGAAUAUGUGUCCGCCCGCGAAUGGAUGCGCAUCUGCUUUGAAUUGCUGGAGCUGCUCAAGGCGCACAAGAAGGCCAUACGGCGCGCCACGGUGAAUACCUUUGGCUACAUAGCCAAGGCAAUUGGUCCGCACGAUGUGCUGGCCACGCUUUUGAAUAACCUAAAGGUGCAGGAGCGUCAGAAUCGUGUCUGCACCACCGUCGCCAUUGCCAUUGUCGCCGAGACGUGUCGUCCGUUCACCGUGCUCCCGGCGCUGAUGAAUGAGUACCGUGUGCCGGAGCUGAAUGUACAGAAUGGCGUACUGAAAUCUCUAUCCUUUCUGUUCGAGUACAUUGGCGAGAUGGGCAAGGACUAUAUCUAUGCGGUGUGCCCGCUGCUCGAGGAUGCGCUAAUGGAUCGCGAUCUGGUGCAUCGCCAAACGGCCUGUUCGGCCAUCAAGCACAUGUCUCUUGGCGUCUAUGGAUUUGGCUGCGAGGACGCACUCACGCAUCUGCUCAACUAUGUGUGGCCCAACAUAUUCGAGACAUCGCCGCAUCUGGUGCAGGCCUUCAUGGACUCGGUGGAUGGGCUGCGCGUCUCGUUGGGCUCCAUUAAGAUACUGCAAUACACGCUCCAGGGUCUGUUCCAUCCGGCGCGUAAGGUGCGCGAUGUCUACUGGAAAAUCUACAAUUCGCUGUAUAUUGGAGGCCAGGAUGCGCUAAUCGCGGGCUAUCCACGCAUCACCAACGAUCCCAAGAACCAGUACGAGCGCUACGAGCUGGACUAUACGCUUUAAGCAGCCUCCAUCUCCAGCACACCCCUCAAUAGCCCCUAAUUAUAUUGUAAUUUUGAUAAGAUGAAUACACAAAUAUAGCGCGAAUGUACAAAACGAGUAUUUAUUCUACAUUUUUAGAGUAGCUGAGCGCGACGAGUAACUACUGUGGACCAGAGCUGUAAUCUAUAAUUACUGGGGAAAUACAUUUUAAUUACCAGCAAUUACAUUGACAAUUGCAAUGUAAUGAUGCUUAAGCUGUUGUAUUCAUUAUAUACCUUUAAUUACUAAGUAAU